AUGACUGUUCCAGUGCAAGUCCCUCUCUCGCCUCGUCCUCUGAGACCCCACGAGCGUAUCUUGACCAACGAAGAUGGCGGCAUCGUCACGCCUGCUCGUGCCCCUUCGCCUGUCUACAACUUUGGUACACUGGCCGUUCACGCCGGCGCACCGAUAGAUCCUUCGACGGGCGCCGUCAUCGAGCCUCUGUCCUUGUCGACGACCUUCGCACAAACGGCCGUGGGCAAGCCGAUUGGCCUGUACGAGUACAGUCGCAGCGCGAACCCAAACCGGGACAACUUCGAAGAAGCUGUGGCCGCACUCGAACACGCGAGAUUCGCUCUGGCAUUUGCCUCCGGCUCCGCUACCACGGCCACGAUUCUGCAGUCGCUCGCCGCGGGCUCCCAUGUCAUAUCUGUCUCGGACGUCUACGGAGGCACGCAUAGAUAUUUCACAAAGGUGGCCCUGGCACACGGAGUUGAGGUCACGUUCUCUCCUUCAAUCGAGCUUGACGUGGAAGAGUUGAUCAGGGAGCAAACGAAACUCAUCUGGAUCGAGAGUCCUUCGAAUCCCACACUGAGUCUUGUCGACAUCCGGCAUGUCGCCUCAGUCGCCCACAGACACGGCAUUCUGGUCGUAGUGGACAAUACAUUCUUGUCGCCUUACGUGCAGAAUCCGCUGGAUCACGGAGCCGAUAUCGUGGUGCAUUCGGUGACAAAAUACAUCAACGGACACUCGGAUGUGGUGAUGGGCGUGGCUGCAUUCAACUCGGAAGAACUGAAAGAACGACUGACUUUCCUCCAAAACGCCAUCGGCGCCGUGCCUUCACCAUUUGACUGCUGGCUUGCCCACCGAGGACUGAAGACGCUGCAUCUCCGCGCCAGAGAGGCGAGCACGAAUGCACUGGCCGUUGCUCGAGCACUGGAGGCGUCGCCGAAUGUGAUUGCAGUGAACUACCCUGGUCUGGACUCUCACAAGCAGAGAGCGAUUGCCGUCAAGCAGCACCGCGAAGGCAUGGGCGGCGGGAUGCUCAGCUUCCGUCUCAAGGGUGGACACGCCGCGGCAGAGAGAUUUUGUCAACAAACACGUAUCUUCACUCUCGCCGAAAGCUUGGGAGGUGUCGAGAGUCUAUGCGAGGUUCCCAGUGCGAUGACGCACGCGGGCAUUCCCAAGGAGCAACGCGAGGCUAUCGGCGUGUUUGACGACCUCGUCAGACUGAGCUGCGGCGUGGAAGAUGCCGAGGAUCUGAAGAAGGAUGUCCUCCAAGCACUAGAGAAAGCAGUCGUUGGACCGAAGAUUUCGAACGGUGUCAACGGAGGCAGCAGAUGA